UACCAAAGAUCACAACAAUGGAGUAAGUUGAAUACAGAACACAUAAAUGCAAGUAGAACUGUACAGCAACUGAAAGCUAAUGUGCGAGAGAUGGAGAAGACACGAAACCAGAUUCGUGAUGAGGACUUGGAUGAAUUUGACAGAAGAGUACAAGACAUAAAAGAGGAAGCCAUUAGUGCUAUAUUAGGCUUUAUAGAUUUACAUGCAGUUGAUGAAACUCCAUUGAGUUAUAUAGAAAAUGUAGAUCAAAAGAAUUUAGAAGACCACAAAAUAAACGAUGUCAGGGGCAAUGAUAGAGAGAAUUAUCAGAUGCCAAUGUCAUUAGAUUCACAUGAUCCACAACAAUUACAGAAACAAGUUCAACUACACAUGGACCAGACAAAUGCCAAAGAAUCUUGGGAUAAUUUAAAAGAUAAUUUAGUUGAAUUGAAUACCAUGAUACAUGAUUUCUCAGCUAUGGUGCAUGACCAGCAGGAGCAGGUGGACAGCAUUGUAGAUAAUGUGGAGGAAGCACAAAGUAAUGUACAACAAGGAGUAUUAGAUAUUGGCAAGGCUGCCAAAUAUAAAGCAUUGAUGUUUCCUGUUGCUGGUGCUAUGCUAGGUGGGGUUGUUGGAGGACCCAUUGGUUUAGUGGCGGGUGCUAAAAUUGGGCUGGCUGCUGCAGUCGGAGGUGGUGUUAUAGGUUUCACUAGUGGAAAGAUAAUUAAAAACCGUCAGGACAGAGCUAAUGAUAUUGAACUUCAGAACCUGUCAACGAAGCAGUGGAAAUCAGCGCCAGAUUUGAGCACUGAAGAUUUAUUAAAGGACACUGACUAAGGUUUACUUUACAGUAUACCCAGUAAAAGCUAAGAGUGCAUUCAUUUUAAUUGUUCAAAGCAGUCUGCCACUAUUUUAACUGUUCAAAGUUUUUCAAUUCAUCAUGUUACAAUAAAAAAACUUAUGUGAAU